CCAAUCAAAUGUCGAACAUCAUCUUCAAGUAAUGGUUGUUACGGUCAAAUUCGAGCUUGAAAUCCUUAGAUCUAAAGGUUUCAUGGUCGAAUUUGACCGUAUGAAACCAUAUUCGAGUGAAAUUCAAAGGAAAAAUGGUAAUAUAGAUUAGUGGGUGAAGUUGAGGGGGCAUGUGAUGAUGAAACUGGCAGUGCAAUUAAUGAGGGACAUUUGGGUAAUGGUAAGGAGCAUGUAGAAGGGUAUUUGGGAGAUGAUGCAGCGUGUGAGGACGGGGGAUCAGACCACACUGCAACUGACUUGCGGUCUGAAGAGGCUGCCCACAACCAGCUUGCGGAGGAGACUGCCAGCCACACAAAUCAGCGUGCUGGGCCCUCUGUCGUAGCUGGUACAGGGGUCUUGGAGGGCGGACUGGGUGAUGAGCAAACCCAGCAGCCCGCGCCACACUUGCAAGCGUCAUAGCUUUGGGAAAAGGCAUGAGAUCGAAGUAUCCCUCGAUUAAACUCCGUGAUUAUGUGACGCAUACUAUACAGAAUAAAAGUCCAUCUACACCAACUCAGAGUUCACUCGUGACAUCAUCUCCCUCAGAAGGGAAUGAACCCAAAAGUUUUAGGGAGGCCAUGAAACACGAGGGUUGGAGAAAGGCAAUGGCAGAUGAGAUACAGGCAUUUGAAGAACAGGGUACUUGGGUGCUAGAAAAAUUACCACCUGGUAAAAAGGCACUCUGGAGCAAGUGGGUGUACAAAGAAAAAUAUGAUGAGCAUGGGAAUUUGCAGAGAUUGAAGGCAAGGCUAGUUGUCUUUGGCAAUCAUCAGGUUGAAGGUUUAGACUACAAUGAGACGUUUGCUUCGGUAGCAAAAAUUGUUAAAGUUUGAACUUUUCUUGCAGUAGCGGCGGUGAAAAAUUGGGAAGUCCAUCAAAUGGACGUCCAUAAUGCGUUUCUUCAUGGUGAUUUGGAAGAAGAAGUAUAUAUGAAAAUUUCUCCUGGUUUUGAGAAAGAUAAUUUUGACAAAGUUUGCAGGAUGAAGAAAUCAUUAUACGGGCUUAAACAAGCUCCUCGUUGCUGGUUUGCAAAGCUUGCUACAGCUUUGAAACAGUAUGGCUUUAAACAGUCAUAUUAUGAUUAUUCUUUAUUUACUCUGACAAAGGGUAAAAUGCAGCUUAAUGUGUUGGUGUAUGUCGAUGAUUUAAUUGUUGCAGACAACGAUAAAAAUGCUAUGCUCAGUUUUAAAUCAUAUCUGGAAGAUUGUUUCAAGAUGAAAGAUCUUGGAGUGUUGAAAUAUUUUUUGGGGCUAGAGGUAGCCCAGAAUAAACAGGAAAUUUUUAUUUUCCAGAGGAAGUAUGCGCUGGAUAUUAUUACUGAAGCUGGUUUACUUGAUGCUAAACCUGCAUAGUUCCCUAUGGAACAAAAUCACAAGUUAGCACUAUCACAUGGAGAGUAUUUUUACGAUAUUGAGAAAUAUCGUCACCUCAUAGGUCGACUGAUUUGUUUGUCUAUUACUAGGCCUGAUUUAGCAUAUUUUGUACACAUUUUAUCUCAGUUUAUGCAAAAUACCGGGAUUGAAUAUUGGGAAUAGAGGUGGCAAUUUGUGUCAGUGGGUUGGGUUCGGGUCAGAUUUCGGGUCGAUUUCGGGUUAUACUUAAAAA